AUGUCAUCGUUGGAAGAUCUAUUUGGCAAGUUGGCUAUGACCACCGUGACCACCGUGUCACGAAUUGCAUUGAACCAUGCCACCAAUGCCGCCAUUCGCAAUGUCACUGCCUAUGUAACCACUCAGCCGAAAAACAAACACCAAACACGCGAGCUGGAGCUUCGUCAGCGACAACUGGACUUGAGAAUCAAAAAUUUAAAGCCCACCAUCGAUAUUAUUUCGCGGAGUGUCGCCGAUGGUCACCGCGACUUGGAACCUGCAUUGGAGAUGUGCCGCGAUCUUAAACAAGAGAUUGAUGCUUUUACGGCCGAAAUGGAGGAAGAAUUGUCACAGAAAAAAGAUAACACGGAAUACAUCCUUGUGCGGUUGAAGCGAUUGUUGGAUAAUGUGGACGAUGUGGUGCCGUCGCUGCAUUUGGCUUUGCGUAGUUUAGAGCGCGACAAACCAAUGGUGUCACGAUCCAAACUUGUGCAAACCUCAUCGAUUCUUCAAGAUGCUCGAUACGGACGACUGAGUCAUUAUCACUUUCAACUUCGUUUAUAUUGCCUUUUCGCCGCCAAUGUACGUGCGGCGUCCGGCGCCGAAUUUACUUGGAAAGAAGAAUUCCAUAAAUGUAGUCUGGAACUAAAGAAGACCAACGAUGAUCCCAUUGACUAUACGCUUAACAUCACUGAAGACCUCGAUGAUGGAUUAUAUCACGAAGAAUUGGAACAAGGCCAAAAGACCGGGAAAACUCUUUCAUUCUCAGUGCCUAGUGUCAAGCGCAUGUACUAUACCCGCAGUGGCCAAUUACUGAACAUUGAGGAUUCGAAAGCGCCCGUCUUGGUUUUAAAGGUUGCUAAACCUUCCAAGGAACUGUCCGCCACCGAGGAUGAUACCGCAUUGACUACCAAAGAAGCCAAGCCCGAAAUUGAGCGCAGCGAAUUACAAGAAGCCGACUGGUUUGCCAUUGAGAUGUGGAGUGAUGAUCCUGAGCUUGACGAAGAAGAAGAAGAAGAAGAGGAGGAGGAGAAUGGUGACGGAGACGGUCAAGAAAAUAAGAAAUCUGCCAAAUCUGCCAGCAAGAAAUUGAGUGAAGCAGUGCAAUUCCCUACAUCGCUGCUUUUGCUCGAAUCGGUCAUCAAACUUGGUCUGCUCGAAUCUUCUGAAAUUGUUACAGUGCCUGUAUUGAAUGUGCCUGAUGUCAUUCAUCUGGGGUCGGGAUUGGCUUCUCAUAUUGCACAGGAUGUCACCAAGGCCGUACCCGCAUCGACUUAUGUGAUCGUUACCGAUACAUCGCUAGCUAAGCUUCACUUGACGGCACUGUUGGCAGCGUUUGAAACGCAACUCGGCAAAACCCAGCGGUUGCUGACUCGUGUGGUGCCGCCAGGGGAACAAUCCAAGUCGCGCGCCACAAAGGAUGCCUUGGAAGAUUUUUUGCUGGAACAAGCGUGCAACCGUGAUACUUGUUUGCUGGCCCUCGGUGGUGGUGUGGUAGGCGACCUUGUCGGCUAUGUUGCGGCUACUUUUAUGCGCGGCAUCCCGGUCAUUCAAAUUCCAACCACCUUACUUGCUAUGGUGGACAGCAGCAUCGGUGGUAAGACCGCCAUUGAUACCCCUCACGGAAAAAACCUCAUUGGGGCCUUUUGGCAACCCAAACGGAUCUACAUGGACAUUAGUUUUCUCAGUACACUUCCCCAACGUGAAUUUGUCAACGGCAUGGCCGAAGUAAUCAAGACGGCAGCGAUAUGGAAUGCGGCUGAUUUUGAACGAUUGGAAAAGGAUGUUGAUCUUGUUCGAAAGAGCGUUCAAGAAGCGCAGCAUAGUCAUGCGGCAACCUAUUUGUUGCAAAUUAUUUUGGCAUCUGUUAAUGUCAAGGCCCACGUCGUAACGAGCGAUGAACGUGAAGGAGGAUUGCGCGGACUCUUGAACUUUGGACACACGUUGGGCCAUGCAUUUGAGAAGAUUCUUAGCCCCGACUGGUUACACGGCGAAUGCGUUUCUGUCGGCUUGGUAGCCGAAGCCCAACUGGCAUGCGAUUUGAAUCACUGCGACCAGCAGGCUGUUGAACGGUUGCGAAAUUGUCUGGCGGCUUACGGUUUACCUGUCGCCUUUGAUUCGGCUACACGACAACGGUUACCAUUGCAGGAUGUCAUGGAUACGAUGAAGGUUGAUAAGAAAAAUCAAGAUGCUCGAAAGAAGAUUGUUCUUUUAUCCUCCAUCGGCACCACUCUCGAGAAAAAGGCCACUACCGUGGAUGAUCAGUCCAUUGAAGACAUUCUUACGCGUCAUGUUGGGCUAACGGCGGGCCCUCCACCGCCUGACCACGUGACCACUGCAAAGGAACUCUUCAAAGCGCCCCUGGUCAUUACUACAAGCCCAGACUGUAUAGGUGUGAAUGAUAAGAUCGCAUGGAAGCUAACAAACGAGUAUCAGUAUACGCUCUCCGGAGGCAUGGAUAAGUUGGCGGAAGAAAAAUCCAUGUUCUGCUGCGUCGUCUAUGAUUACGAAUUCGAGCUAAAAUCACUUUCCACCAAUGUUCCCUCUUUCUGUUUCCGUUUUCCUCAAGUGGCAGGCACAUCACCUCUUGACCUGUGGCCGGGGAUGUACGAAUGUCCGGUUCCGGAACGUCUCGGCGAAGACAAACAAGCCAAGAAUGGCUUUGACUUUUUGGAACGGAUGGUCCGCGGUCCCCGGUUUGUCCCUGCCGGUGAAAAGGCCAGCUGUUUCAUUACGCCCACAGUACCGGAUUACAAUGAGGUUUCCUCGUCCCUCAUGAAACAAUGGAUCGAAGGCGCCGAUGCAAUUGAAUUUCGAGUCGAUCUACUUGACAAAACUAUCGAUACAAUCUCUGCAGUGGGGGAUCAGCUGGCGACUUUCCGUACUCUGCUUCCGCCUUCCUUCCCCAUUAUUUUUACCGUGCGCACCUUCCCUCAAGCCGGUCAAUUUGAUCCUGCAAAAAAGCAGUUGUACCUGGAUCUGAUCCGGUGGGCUCAUUGUUGGGGUUGCGAGUAUGUGGACAUUGAAUUCACUACCUUGACCGAGGCCGAAUUGGAAAAUAUCUUUGCCAUUAACAAGUACUACAAGAGCAAGCUGAUCGCGUCUUUCCACGACCCUCAAGGAUUAAUUCAAUGGAACUCGAGUGAAAUGCAAACGAUUUAUGAUCGGGCCAAAACGUUGUUCACGACCCAUCAGCAUCAAGGCAUCAUUAAACUUGUGGGAUUCGCUCACUCGUUCUAUGACAAUAUUCUGCUGGAAAAUUUCCGUCAACAAGUAGAUCCAGAGGAUGAUGGCGAAAUUAUCCUCAUCAACAUGGGGGAACAUGGCGGAUUCUCCCGUGCUGUCAAUCGAUUCCUCAGUCCGGCCACCCAUCCAUGUUUACCCUACAAAGCAGCUCCAGGACAGUUGACCGUUCAGCAAAUGACCGCUCUAAAAUACGAACUCGGAUUGCGCUUUUAA